UUUUUGUGGCUAGGCGAGGACAAGAGGACAGUGCGGCUGGAGCUCGUGCAGUUUAAGAGUUUCUACGUUGUGUUUUCGCGAGUCUCGCACAAGGAAAAAGGAAUAGCAAGAGCGCGGGGUGACGCAGGAGUGAGACACGAACGGUGUGUGUGAAAACCACCGUCAACAGUCAAUCGGAAAGUACGGCUGACGUGUUUUUCCCGCCGGAUUGUCGCGAGGCUGGGGCGCAGGCACCCAGCGAUCGUCGCAGGCAGUUCGAGGCAGUUAGUUAUCCAGCGGCGGCAGCAGCGGCAACAGCCGGUCGGAUGUGUCGUUAGUGUGUAUGCAUCACGCACGUGCAAUACCGACUCGUCGUCUCCGUUGUGCCUACAUACGUGCGUGCGGGCGUGCAUGCUGCUCAGUGUCUCGGGACCGAGAAACCGGAAUAUACGAGACGAGUGUGUUCCGCGCGUAUACUCGCGGAGGAGCAGCUGAAGUGCGCGAGUGGUAGUGAAUACACGGCGAGAGAAAGAAAGAGAGUGUGGCAAGACGCAGCCGGAGAAGAAGAGGAGAGAAAGAUGAGCAAGACGUGCGCUCGCUGCGAGAAGACGGUCUAUCCGAUCGAGGAGCUCAAAUGCCUCGACAAGAUAUGGCACAAACAAUGUUUCAAGUGUCAGGGUUGCAGUAUGACCCUGAAUAUGCGCACAUACAAGGGUUUCAACAAACAGCCGUACUGCGAAGCACACAUACCAAAAGCCAAAGCCACCACGAUGGCGGAGACACCGGAGCUGAAGCGUAUCGCGGAGAACACGAAGAUACAGAGUAACGUGAAGUAUCAUGCCGAGUUUGAGAAAGCGAAGGGGAAGUUUACGCAGGUGGCAGACGAUCCGGAGACUCUCAGAAUCAAGCAGAACAGUAAGAUUAUCUCGAAUGUCGCCUAUCACGGUGAGCUUGAGAAGAAGGCAAUUAUGGAGCAAAAGAGGACAAUGACCGGAGAAAAUGGCGAACAAAUAGCUUCUCUGUGCUUUGUUGAUAUAGAGUACGUAGAGUACACAGACGGCACGAUCGCCCCUGCAUCGAGUAUAAACGCCAAUCCGCCGCCUGCAAGAACGGCGAAUUCGCCGGUACAGAGGACACCAGGUAGGAUCGCCGAUUACGAUCCCCUUAGCGAAGCGAGGCCGAGUCCCUAUUCCGCAAGGCAAGCUGCUACUACUGUCAUUUAUACGAGCGACAAGGGACCAGUGACGAAUCCACCGACACGAAAAAUCGGUUCGGUCGCUGAUAUUGAUCCAGUGAACGAAUAUUAUGGAUCGUUAACGCCAGCCAACACGAACAAUAAUCACGUCUCUCAGCAUCAACCUCAACAUCAAAUUCAGCAUCAACAGCAGCAUCAACCUCCACCACCAUCCUCCAACGUUGGGAGAGUGUACAGAGCGAUGUAUGACUACGAAGCGCAAGAUCUCGAUGAAGUAAGCUUCUGCGACGGCGAUUUGAUUGUCAAUUGCACGGCCGUCGACGAGGGUUGGAUGACUGGAUUGGUGCAACGUACGGGGCGACAUGGCAUGCUACCUGCUAAUUAUGUCGAACCGGCACAGAUUUAAACAUUUUUCAGGUCGAGCUUUCAUUCGCUAACCGUUGAUUAUCGCCGCUUCGAUCACAGCGCUCAAACGGAGCGUACUGCUGAAGGGAGAGACGGCAUAAAGUAAAAAAUUCGCGAUAUAAUACUCGAGAUUAACGCUUCUACUUGCGGCUCUUGUUAUUCCUUUGAUCGAAACGGCGAAUCAUCUUAGAAAAUCAGACAUUUUAGAUAACAAGUUUCGUACAGAAUUUUCAUAAAAUCGAAUAUUUUACUCGCAAACUAUUUGCCGAUAAUAGAGAGAUAAAUUUGAAAAUUAUAAUUUUUAAGGUCUGCUUUACAAAUGCACGGGGGCUUCGUGCUUCGUAAAUAUCCAAGUUAACGCGAGUACGCUCGAAUGUCGAACAUAGUUUUAUAUGCUAGAAUUCCAUGAUGGGACCAAACUACAUAAUUGCGAUAAAUUGUGCCGAUAAUAAUUAAAAUUCUGACAGCUUAUGAGGUGAUGCGUGUUUUGACACAAAUUGGGAAGAAGCAAGUCUAACAAAUUUUUCUUGUAAUUUUUUUCACUUUCUUGUGAAACAUUACUUUCUUUGUUAUUAUUUUUUAUAAACUUCUCAAACAUUAUUUCUUU